AUGUUUAAAGAUGCUAUAGAUUAUGCGAAGCGAUCUCAUGAAUGUCAGAUUCAUGGGGAUAUCGUACAUAUACCUCCCGAAGACCUUCAUCAGACAACUACUUCCUGGCCUUUUGCUGCAUGGGGACUCGAUGUUAUUGGUCCCAUAAAUCCGCCGUCAUCCAAAGGAAAGCAAUAUAUACUAGCAACAAUAGAUUAUUUCUCUAAAUGGAUAGAGGCAAUUGCAUUGCAAAAUGUUAAAGAGAAAGACGUCAAUUUCAUCCAACACACGAUAAUCUAUCGUCACGGUAUCCCGAAGAAAAUCAUCACUGACAAUGGUACUCCUUUCAAGAAAAGGGGUAUGAAAAAGUUAUGUCUCAAGUUCAAUAUUCAUCAUUCGUUUUCAAAACCCUACUAUCCACCAGCCAAUGGAUUAGCGGAGGCAUUCAACAAAAUGAUUGUGAAAAUAUUAAAGAAGACAGUGACUGGGAAUAAGCGUGAUUGGGACAAAAAGUUGUAA